CAUCAUAUACAAAACAUCUGAUGUACGUGCAGCCGCAGUCCGGAAAAAGGCAUAUCACUUUAUAGGAACGUGAGCUAGCUGUUUCCAUGUGUUUGCCGCGGUCACAGGGGUGACGAGUCCGCGAAAGCAACUUGAGAACAGAAAUUUAUCUUGUCUUUCCAAAGACUACGGUAGACUACAUAAAACUGAGCUGCAGGGAGCGACACGGUUAUGGCGACAUCCAGCUCCUGUGUUGUGAUCAGUGAUGAUGAGCAGGGGUAUGACCUAGACCUCUUUUGCAUACCAAAGCACUAUGCGGAUGACCUGGAGAAGGUCUACAUCCCUCAUGGACUCAUUUUGGACAGGACAGAGCGACUGGCCAGAGAGAUCAUGAAGGAAAUGGGCGGGCACCAUAUUGUGGCCCUCUGUGUGCUCAAAGGAGGCUAUAAGUUUUUUGCAGACCUGCUGGACUACAUCAAGGCCCUGAACAGGAACAGUGACCGCUCCAUCCCAAUGACAGUGGACUUUAUUCGCCUCAAGAGCUACUGCAACGAUCAGUCGACUGGUGAAAUCAAAGUAAUCGGUGGCGAUGACCUGUCAACGUUGACGGGCAAGAAUGUCUUGAUUGUAGAGGAUAUUAUCGACACGGGAAAGACGAUGAAGACAUUAUUGCAACGCCUCAAACAGUACAAUCCCAAAAUGGUUAAAGUAGCAAGUUUGUUGGUGAAGAGAACACCAAGAAGUGUUGGCUACCGGCCAGACUUUGUAGGAUUCGAGGUCCCUGACAAAUUUGUGGUGGGAUAUGCGCUGGACUACAAUGAGUACUUUAGGGAUCUAAAUCAUAUCUGCCUCAUUAGUGAAACAGGGAAGGAGAAGUACAAGGCAUGAAGACCACUUUGUAACCAUUUUUUUUUUUAAAUGUGUGGUUAUAUCAUUUCAUUUUAUAUUCUAUUACGUCAUUCUUUUGUCAUUUCAAAAUCCCCAGCCUGCUCAGGGUCCCUGAGGAUGCACUCAAGUGGCGACAAUCCUGACAGUCAUGUUUCCUGUUGUAGCCAGCACAUGUAUGCACAGGCUGGAUUCACCUUAAGAUAAAUUGAUUGUCUUAGAGCCACACCUGGGUUGAACAGCAUGGAGCCCAGCUUGGCCUGAAAUUAGUAUGUUUCUUUACCCCCCAUUAAGCAAUGGAGUAAUUUAUUCAAAGCAGUGCUGCUAACGUGAAGUUCAAAAUCACAGUUGUGCUGCCAAAAGACUUCACACAUUUGACAACCUCCUGUUUUAUAAUAUAUUGCUUUUACUGUCAUUCUAUUUUUACUUGGAACUAUCAAUAUGGGCUCUCUUAAAGAGGACGUUAUAUUUUCUUGACGUCUGUAUGUAUAUUUUGGGACAAAACACUCUUCUAUGUUACUGUGUUGUGUGAUUAGAUUAUCUUAAAAUAGACUGUUGAAAAUGAACACAAAUACUGGCUGAUGUCCCUAAAUAAACACACGGGUAUGCUGAA